AUGUAUGCCGUGGGGAAGGUGGGCGGCCUCAUCUCCCGCAGCGUGUACUCCGUCUCAGGCCCGUUCCACCCGUUCGGCGGCGCGGUCGACGUCGUCGUCGUGCAGCAGCAGGACGGCAGCUUCAAGAGCUCGCCGUGGUACGUGCGGUUCGGCAAGUUCCAGGGGGUGCUCAAGUCGAGGGAGAAGGUGGUCGACAUCUCCGUCAAUGGCGUCGAGGCAGGCUUCCACAUGUACCUGGACAGCAACGGCGAGGCGUACUUCCUCAGGAACGCGGACCCGAACGGCGAGGAGGAAGGGGAGUUCAUCGUCUCCCCUGCCUCGUCGGGAGAUGAGCGGGAGGUGCCGAUCCAGGAGGCUCAGCUGAGGAAGUCGAAGAGCACUUCGUGUGAUAGCUCGACGAUGGAAGCUGAUGUCGGUGAGGGCAAGAUUCUUGCGAGGACAACCUCGAGGCGGACCACCAUACUUGAAAGGAUGUUUGGUCGGAAAUCGGUCAAGAACAAUGCCCAUGCUGUGGAUAGGGUGAGCUCAUUGGAGCGAGCAGAGAUUGCUGCGGAACUCCUUGAUACCAAGUGGUCAACAAAUCUCCCACGGAGUUCAAAAACUAAUGGUUCAAAUGAUGAGCCUUCCAAGAGCAAUUUGGCAGAAGUUAGCAACUAUGAUCAGAUGGAAACCUCAAAAUCUAAUGGUUCAAAUGAUUUUCCUUCCAAGAGCAAUUUGGCAGAAGUUAGCAACAAUGAUCAGAUGGAAACCUCAAAACCUUUGUUUUCAGAACAUAGCUUGGAUCAUGGGAAAGAGAUGGACUCUAACUGUGACAAUGCUCACUGCAAUUCAUGUAGCCCCCGUGGGGGAGGAAACAGUUCAGCAGAUGAAACUGAUCAGUGUUUACAAGCCACUGUUGUGAAGAAAGAGGUGGUUGAGAUACGCACGCAUGAGAGUAGCGACUUUAUUGAUAAUAUCACUUCAAUCACACAUCAACAUGGGUCAGAAUCUUUGUCAAAUGAUCUGGGAACAGAUAAACUUACGCAUCAGCCUGUCGAUACUCAAGAUGAGUUGCUGCAUGAUGUUGAAGAUGUUGCUGGAAGGGAGACACAUACAGAGGAGGUUGAGAUACACACGCGUGAGAGUAGCGACUUCACUGAUAAUAUCACUUCAAUCACACAUCAACAUGGGUCAGAAUCUUUGCCAAAUGAUCUGGGAACAGAUAAACUUACGCAUCAGUCUGGCAAUACUCAAGAUGAGUUUCUGCAUGAUGUUGAAGAUGUCGCUGGAAGGGAGACACAUACAGAGGAGGUUGAGAUACACACACGUGAGAGUAGUGACUUCACUGAUAAUAUCACUUCAAUCACAAAUCAACAUGGAUCAGAAUCUUUGUCAAAUGAUCUGGGAACAGAUAAUCUUACGCAUCAGUCUGGCGAUACUCAAGAUGAGUUGCUGCAUGAUGUUGAAGAUGUCGCUGGAAGGGAGACAUAUACAGAGGAGGUUGAGAUACACACACGUGAGAGUAGCGACUUCACUGAUAAUAUCACUUCAAUCACACAUCAACAUGGUUCAGAAUCUUUGUCAAAUGAUCUGGGUACAGAUAAACUUGCGCAUCAGUCUGUCGAUACUCAUGAUGAGUUGCUGCAUGAUGUUGAAGAUGUCACUGGAAGGGAGACACAUACAGAGGACGUUAUUUCCAGUGGCAUUUUUGAAAUCCAUGUUGUUGAGACAGACAUUACAAGUGGUAAGAGUGAGGUGGUUUCUGAGAUUGUUACUGUUGAUUCUGAUGGAGCUAACCAAAAUUUUACAGAUUCUAAUUACCAAAAUUAUGGCACCACAGAUAUAUCAGCUGAAAGGCAUGAGGUUUCAUUGAUCCCUUCUGCACAGGAUGCAGUUCAAGAGAAAAUAGUUAUCCUCAGCAGUUCUGAGACUGUGGAGGGCUCACUAGAUGCAGUUCAAGAGAAAGUAGUCAUUCUCAGCAGUUCUGAAACUGUGGAGAGCUCAUAUGCUGUGUCCUGUAUUUUGGAUGACACAGUUCAUGAUGCUUCCGAUAUCUCACAGGCUGACAGUGUACAACAUGAGGAGCACUCUAGUAUCUCUGAUGUGAGCACAGAAAAGCUAAUUUCUGAGGAAAGUUCUUUAGUAUGCUAUGGCGCUCCCAGCAACAAAAAAGACUUGGUUAAUGUAGCUGUUCAAGAAUGUGAAGCUUUUAUCUUAGAAAAUCCUGCUCCCGAAAUCUUGGAAGAGAAUGGUCCAAAUAUGGAUGUAUCUACCGACAGUGUUUCCCUUUCCCAUGCAGACGCAGCUCAUGAUUUAGCUUGUCAGCAUGUUUCUUCUAGUGUUGUAGAGACACCAAGUUAUGAGCCUGACAUUGGUCCUGAAGAUGUAACAAAGAACUCAAUUGUGGAAAAUGAAGCAUGCAGCGGGGAGCUUGUUGUUUCUGUUAUUCAGACCUCAAUGAAAGAUGGACUGACAGAAUGCAUUGCUCAGCUAGCUGUUUUUUCUAAUAAAAUAGAAGCAGAGGGCUCACCAACUGCUGUUGGAUUUUCCAGUUUGGUUAGUGUUGAAGUGCAAAACACAAAACUAGAAGAUGACACAAACAAAUCUAGUUCUGUGAUUGGAGAUGAAGUUGGUUUUGCGCCUGAGGCUACAGCUGAGCUUGAUGAAGAAGCGGAACCAGUUGUAUCAUUCUCUGAAUAUACAGAAGAAAUUCAGUUUCAAUUUAGUGAUACUGAAAAUUUUGUAGAUAGAAAGGCCAAGGAUGACAUGGUGGCUAACAAAACAACUGGUGAAGUAGAACAUGACGAAUCUGAUUGUGACACAGAGAAACAGGAAGGAGGUGAUGUAGCUCUCGCAAAUGACUUGGAAAACUGUUCUGAUUCAUUAAAGCCUGUGACUAGCCCUGUUUCUAUUCCUGCAGUUGACUUCCAGUCAGGAGAUAUUAACAUAGAGGCUAAAUCUCUACCAAAUCUCCGUUCUCAUAUACAUGAUCUUGAAAGGUCUGAUAUUUUUCAGCUAAGCUGCUCACUACAAUCAAAUGCUGAAAAUAAUGGGGUUGACCCAGUCAAGAGCACAUCAAAUGCUGAAAAUAAUGGGGUUGACCCAGUCAAGAGCACGAAUUCUGCUUUUCUUGAGCAGAAAUCAGAAGUUAUUGGUGAUUCAGAAGAAAAUACCAGCCCGCCUGAGGUUACCAGCAAUGUAGCACCUGAUGGCAAGCAUGCUGAUGACCUGAAAGUUGAUGCAUUCAUCCCUUUUGCAGAAUUAUCACUAUGCAGGCACCUGUUAUCUGAAGGCAUGGGGGAGGAUGCUGCUUGCAGUGCAUUUGAUUCUGAGAAGAUAACCUUAGAGAAGUUCCGUGACAUGAAGCAAUCACUGAUGCGAAACAACAAACUAGUUGUUAGGAUUGCUGGCCGCUAUUUUCCCUGGGAUGCUGCUGCGCCUAUAGUGCUUGGUAUGAUUUCUUUCAGUGAGGAACAAGUUUUUGAACCCAAAGGAAUGAUAAAGGUGGAGCGAGUUGAGCAAAGUGAAGCUCCAGGUGGCAGCUGGAGAAUCUGGCCAUUUAGUUUCAGACGAACAAGGACUAUUAGUGCUAUCCAACCAGUUUGUGAAAGUACUGUUGAGACUUCUGUAUCCAAUGCUAAAGAAUCCACACCUGUUAAAGAACUAGAUAGAGAAAGGAAUAAAUCCAGGGGGAAGAGGAUUGAGAGGAAGGUGCGAUCACUCACUCCAACAUCUGAGGAGCUUGCAUCUCUUGAUCUCAGAGAGGGAAGGAACGUGGUAACAUUUACUUUCUCAACUGCAAUUGUUGGGAAACAGCAGGUUGAUUGCCACAUAUAUUUAUGGAAAUGGAAUACACGCAUUGUAAUAUCUGAUGUGGAUGGAACUAUCACCAAGUCUGAUGUUCUUGGGCAGUUCAUGCCACUAGUUGGAGUUGAUUGGUCUCAAAAUGGAGUUGCUCAUUUGUUUUCUGCAAUUAAGGAAAAUGGAUAUCAGCUUCUAUUUCUGAGUGCACGCGCUAUUUCACAAGCCCACAUUACAAGACAGUUUCUUUUCAACCUAAAGCAGGACGGCAAAGCACUUCCUGAUGGCCCUGUUGUUAUAUCUCCAGAUGGUCUCUUCCCAUCACUUUACAGAGAAGUCAUCAGAAGAGCUCCGCAUGAAUUCAAGAUUUCAUGUCUAGAGGCUAUCAAAGAUUUAUUUCCACACGACUCAAAUCCAUUUUAUGCUGGAUUUGGAAAUAGAGAUACAGAUGAGCUUAGCUACCUCAAGGUUGGUAUUCCUAUGGGCAAGAUCUUCAUAAUAAACCCCAAGGGUGAAGUUGCAGUGAAUCGACGGGUUGAUACAAAGUCAUACACAUCCUUGCAUGCUCUUGUUCAUGGGAUGUUCCCUCCAGUAUCGUUAUCGUCUGAGCAGGAGGACUACAAUGCUUGGAACUACUGGAAGAUGCCAUUGCCUGAUGUUGAUUUGUGA